AUGUCAGAAUUCGCAAGAAGCUUGUUUGGGUUCGCCAAAACCAAGCAGGUCCAGCAACAAAAUACCAUAAGGCCAUCUUCGCCACCACCGGAUUUCCCCCUGAAGAUGAUGCCACACACUGCCUCGCCCACAAUUGCCCUCAGCGAUAAUUCGUUUGCCACCGGGACGACGAUCAAGGGGGAGCGGGGUGAGAUAAAGACGCACCUCGACCGGCAGGCGUCGGGCAUGAGCAGCGGGCGGCAGCACAGUCAGCUCACGGCGCAGCUGCACCACGGGGAGAAGGCAGGGGCAAACUCGCGAGACAGCGAGGGAUCAGAAGGGAGCACCGGGAGAGAGAGCGAGGGAACUUUGGGGAGCGAAAAAACUGUAAAAACUCUAAGCGCGGAAUCCGCAGGGGAGGAAAAACAGGCCGGCGGCACGGCGCGAAUUCCCCGCGGUAAGUUGAGGGUGACCGUUGACCGGGCCGUCGAUUUAAACGUGAUGGUAGAAAACUCAAGACCUUACGUGGUUUGCACUUUUGAGAACUCCGAGUUUGUGACCGGCUUCCCCUACAGCUUCGACACAGCCCGGCAAAGUAUCCCGGAGGAGGAAGGUGCAAUAAAUCAGCAGAUGAAGCAUCAGCAGGUUAUCCGGCCUCCAUUUAACCGGCAAAGCUCCUCCAGCAGGAGCCUCAACAUCCGCCCGGGUAGCAUGCACUCGCGAAAUCCCGUGUGGAACGAAUCGUCGAUUUUCGACGUUAUUGGACAGAAUUCUGAGAUCGAAGUGAGUGUUUACGAUGCAAGUCAGGACGAUUUUUUCUUGGGCCACGCGAGAAUCCGGCCCAGAACCGAUGCAGAAAACAAGACCGAGGGCUGGUACAGUCUCCGGUCUCGUAUCUCGUCGGAAAUGGUGACUGGUCGUGUGCAAAUCCGGUUUGAAUACACGAAAAUUGGAAAACACCACUACUCGCCUCAGGACUUCGAGAUCCUGCGACUAUUGGGCAAGGGUACGUUCGGACAGGUGUUCCAGGUGAAGAAGAAGGACUCGGGCCGGGUGUAUGCGAUGAAGGUGCUCUCGAAAAAGGCAAUUGUGAAAAAAAAGGAGGUGGCACACACAAUUGGAGAGAGAGACAUCUUGGUGACGACUUCCACGUCGGACUCCGCGUUCAUCGUGGGGCUCAAGUUCUCGUUUCAGACACCCACAGACUUGUACUUGGUGACGGACUUUAUGAGUGGAGGUGAGUUGUUUUGGCAUUUGCAAAAAGAGGGCCGGUUUAGCGAGGAUCGGGCAAGAUUCUACAUUGCAGAGCUGGUGCUGGCAUUGCAGCAUUUGCACGAUAACGGCAUCGUCUACCGGGACUUGAAGCCCGAAAAUAUCCUUUUGGAUGCAAACGGACACAUUGCAUUGUGCGAUUUUGGACUCUCCAAAGCUAACUUAUCGGCAAACGGCACAACAAACACAUUUUGCGGCACAACCGAGUACUUGGCCCCGGAAGUUUUGCUUGAUGAGUCUGGAUACACCAAGAUGGUCGACUUCUGGUCUCUCGGAGUGCUUAUUUUUGAAAUGUGCUGCGGAUGGUCGCCAUUCUAUGCCGAAAACACCCAGCAGAUGUACAAAAACAUCGCUUUUGGCAAAGUGCGGUUCCCCAAGGAGGUCCUAUCUCCUGAAGGCCGGUCAUUUGUCAAGGGUCUUCUCAACAGAAACCCCAAACAUCGUCUGGGAGCACUUCAGGAUGCCCGUGAGUUGAUGGCACAUCCAUUUUUCCGUGAUGUAGACUGGAACCUGCUUCACGAUAAGAAGAUCCCACCUCCCUUCGUCCCGCACAUUGCCAACGAACUUGAUACAUCCAACUUUGAUCCCGAAUUCACCAAUGCAUCGACCUCUGCCAUCAACAGGCAAUUUAUCAUGGGUUCUACACCCUUACCUACGGCCAUGCAGGAUAAAUUUAAAGGUUUCACAUAUGUUGAUGAUUCCACAAUGUUUGACCACUUGAGCAACUUGUCCGUCAAGCGGGGAAACUCACUCAAACCUCAGUAUGGCUCCUUGAUCCCGGGAAACCCGAACCUCCCGCCUGAUGAGGAGGUCAUCGAGGAUGAUUCCGACCUGGAUGAGUCCAACGACGAUCGACGCGACGGUGCCAACGAGGACGAGAUGGACAUUGAUGACGAUGACGAAGACGAAUUUGUGAAUGGGCCUUUUGACCUGUGA